AUUAUGAACGGUCUGGGUAAACUCCUGGUUUUCCACUUUCUGCUGUGUCUCGGACAAAUUGGUAAGAAAACCAAGUUUAUGUCUCAGUCUCAAACUUUAAAAUGUGUCYCUUACGUUUGUUUUCAUUUGUCUUUGACAGUCCAUGGGUUUAAGAUCAUACAUGGAAAAGAAGUUCCAAAGAACUCAAUGCAGUACAUGGUCUCAAUACAAGACAAAUAUGGUUUUCAUCUGUGUGGAGGAUUCCUCAUCCGGGAGGARUUUGUGGUCACUGCUGCGCACUGUGACGAACUAGAAUCACCGAUACAUCAAAUCUUUCUGGGAAGCCACAAUCUCAGGAAGAAUGGAAUAUUAAAAACAUUUGACUAUAAAUGCAAGCCCCCAACUUACGAGAACCUUGGACUUGGUGAUGACAUAAUGCUUCUUAAAUUGUCUGAGAGAGUGGAUCAAAACGACAGAAUAAAAACAGUUCCACUUCCAACAUCUGUGGUGAACCUGAAAGAAAGCGAACAGUGCUCUGUGGCUGGAUGGGGGAAAAUUUCAACCCUCUCGUCUACUAUUAACGAUCUAAGAGUGGUGAAUGUGUCCAUCAUUGAACCAGAAGUCUGCAAAGAGGAGUGGUUGAACCUUCCUUCCAAAGUGAUUUGUGCUGGUGGAUAUAAAACAAACAAGGGGUUCUGUCAGGGUGAUUCUGGUGGGCCUCUCGUGUGCCGAGGGAAACCUGUUGGUGUUGUGUCUUUCAACAAUCGUGGAAUUUGCAACUACCCAAAUAGACCCAAUGUUUACACAGAUCUUUCAAAAUUCCUACCAUGGAUCAACAAGAUUCUGAGCGCGAACAAGUGUGAAACGUAAACUUGUUGCCCUGCAUUUUGCAACACUGUAUCAGGCACAGGAGGGGGAACGGCUCGUCCUAUUUCAGCCACUGUGUCAGCUUUUGCUCUUAAUCUGAAUAAAACUUGAAGCAUUCAAACCCUUGCGGCUCAUUUCUUUGCCUGAAAACAAGAAACACAAAUGCAAACAAUAAAAACAAAAUGUAGUC